GAAGAACAGAUAAGAUUGAUCAAAACAACACACUGAUACACGAUGUUGCCUACAAGAUAUGUGAUUUAUCUUUAAAACGAUAUGUCGCACUAAAUUGCCAUUAUUUCACACGGAGAUUGGUGGGCUGGACCGUGGGAAGUCCUCCCAUGCGUCUGCAUGCAGUCUGUGCGCUUUAGCCUGGCAGAGGCUGCAGCUGAGGAGUCCGAGGAUUAUCACUGUUUAAUGCGCUUACUUGACUCUUUUAAAGUUAUUCUGUCUGUUAUGACUUUUUAUGAGACAGGACGCUCAAGUAUUCAACCGGUGUGAUGUUCCACCUCCUAAUGAAGGCGAGCUAGGUUGUGUAGCCUAGCUAACUCAUAGCCUGCUAGCAUAGUAGCUUUAGCCCCAUGACAUUUAAGCUCAACUCCUCUUCGCCUCAACUUAAAAAAAACUGUAUAUGACGCUAUGGCACAUAGAAAAGAAAUUUUUCAAACAAAAGUACUCCAGAAGCUGUAUCCUGUGGCUCCCAAACCUGAGAAGGAGCCUAAACCACCACCCAUUGUAGAGAGUCUAGCCAAAACAACUGUGAAAAGAAAAGCCUCUCAAGUGGACUCUACAACUGAAGAUGCAGGGAAGACACAGAGUUCAUCUGAUCCAGGCAGGCGCAGGCUAUACACAGUCCUUUCUCCCCCUGCAGACUACAAACCACAUCCAGAGAAAUCCAUCACACUCCCCCUGCUAGAAAGCAUAAAUAGUGCCGAAGACCCAGCUGAGAGUGCCGAUAAUAGCAAUGAAGACGAGGGAGAAGAGCAGAAAAGAAAGAGGAGGAGAAGGAAAAAGAAACCAGAGUCCAGCACGGGUCAGAGUCAGACCCCUGUUGAUGAGGGAGGAGAGAUCAUCAGCAGGAACAAGAAGAGGAAACUGAAGAAGAAACGGCACAAAGAGAAGCUGCGCUCUAUGGGUCUGAUGCCUCCGGCUGCUGCCCUGGAGUUCACAUACCAAAAAGACGGGGUAGAAGAGGAGGAGGAUGAGAUGGAGGAUAAUGAGAGGAGAGCUGCUGAAGUGUCAGAAUUCCUCAGGACAACAACAGAAAUGUAUUUGUCAGAUUCCUCAUCGUGUCAAGACAAGCUACCUCUGUCAGGGGCUGUGGAUAACCUUCUGGGCAACAUAGCCUGCAGAGACGAGCCCACCUCAGUCCUGAAGCUGCUCUACGGCCUUAAGGUCUUAGUUCAGCAGAAAAAGAUAGAGAAACUGGAAGAGGCACUGGGGGAGUUCCAAAACACUUCCUUUUUAUCUGAAGAGGAAACCACUGCAGUCGUUGCACUGUUUCAAUACUGGAUCACAGACCUCCUUCCCAUGCAGGGAGACCAGACAACAGGGGGCUCUACAAUGCACCCAUGAGACUGUCAGUUACUCUGAAGCACAGGCUAUGCUGAGGGACUAUUUCCACUUCCCUUCGUUACUUUAAAUGUCUUUUUCAAUUACUGCAAUGUCUGGUUUCACAUGAUGCAAUGAAAAAUAUUGAAUAUUUUUUUGUUCUUUGCCUUCAUCUCGUCAUUUUUUUCAUGCCUUAUAUUUUACAAGAAGAAAACAAAUGCACUUAAUCCUGAGCUGUACCACCCAGCAUGAGUGAUAUUGAAGCUGUGAUUACCAACCGA